UUUCUUCUUGAUUGUUUGUGCUUGCAGAUUUGCAGCAAGAGUACUUUUCUGUACGGGAUGUAAAUUGCAAAGUUUUUUCUGAAUAAUAUUAUUGAGAUUUAUCUAAAAGACACUGGGCUAAAUUUAUAGAAGGAUAUUGGUGAAACUAGAAAAAGAAAAGAAAUGAAUAGAAAAUAUAGCAGAAGAUGUGAAUUCUAGGGAGAGAAAUAAAAAAGGGUGGAGAAGUAAAGUCUAGUGAGGGAUAGAAUGGGGGAUUCGAAAAUGGAGGGCCUGCCGGCGCCAGUCACACGGAGGGACCCAUAUGAGGUACUGUCUGUGUCUAGGGAUUCUUCUGAUCAGGAAAUCAAGACUGCCUACAGAAAGCUUGCUCUCAAGUACCAUCCAGACAAGAAUGCCAGCAACCCUGAGGCUUCAGAGCUUUUCAAGGAGGUUGCAUAUUCAUAUAGCAUUUUAUCCAAUCCAGAGAAAAGGAGGCAAUAUGAUAAUGCAGGAUUUGCGGCCCUUGAUGUUGAAGCAAUGAGAGUUGAUCUAAGAGGAAAAUAUUGUGAGCCUAGCAUCUUGAGACUUUUCAUACAUUGGGUAGAAAAAGCUUUGAAAGAAAACCCAACCAAGAGUUCUGGCAAGAUUGACAACUCCUCCAUGAGGAAGAAAGCAUGUGGUGGUGUUGUGAUGUCGAUAGCUGAUGAGCUCUCUGGAAAAGUCAGUGGGAGAAUGACAACUCAUCUUUCCCAUUUAAAUCAAGUUGUCCAGGUUGUAUUUAUGCUAACAAAGACCUUCUUAUCUAGAGGACUAUAA